CCUGAAAAUAUUAAUAUUGUUUUGUUUAUUUACCGGUUUGACAGCAACUUAUUUACUAACAAAACGUCAAUGUCAUAACAUCUAGGGAGUUUUGGCCACAUUACGUAAUAUCGCGAUUCGCAUUUUUAGUGCUUCUUUUUCUUUGUAUAUUUUUUUUGAAGUCGUAAAUCGAGUAAAUAUGGUGUAUGUUGCAUUCUGUUGGCAGAGGAUUGUUUUAUUUAAACUUAUUUGGUAAUCGAUUUUUGUGGUUAGUUUGAUUGCCCUCACUGUGUCACUAAAAAUGCCUGUCAAAAAUCUGUCAAUGUCAUUUUUAGCCAACCACUAUUUUGUUGAUAAAGCAACGUUUUUCUCUAAUAUUUUGUGAAAAAAGUGAUGGAAAUGAAAGAAGGGCCCAUUUUAUACGUGGUUGUGGUUGGAUUUCACCAUAAAAAGGGUUGUCAGGUGGAAUUUUCAUUUCCACCUCUAGUUCCAGGCUCCCCGAACGAGUGUCCCCCGGGAUGGAAAUAUCUUCCCACACUUGCUUUACCUGAUGGAUCUCAUAAUUACGAUGAUGAUACAGUCUUCUUCCACUUACCUAGUUUAACUAACCCUAGGCAAACAGUAUUUGGUAUUUCUUGCUUUAGGCAAAUACCAAUAGAGAAAAUAAAAAAUCGCACUUCUGACAUGACUAGAGGAACUAUUCAAAAGUCAGUUUGUGUUCUGAGUAAAAUACCUCUCUACGGACAAAUACAAGUGAAAAUGAGUCUUAUAACGCACGCUUAUUUUGACGAGGGUGAUUUUAGUAAAGUCUCAAUAUUAGAGGACACAUACCACCACUUAAACUCAGUUCUAACUCAAAACGAUUUUCAUCAACAAAUUUUUGUUGGUUUAUCUGCAAGGGAUUUCGUGUUGCAGUGGCGGCACAAAGCCGUGCUUUUAUUCAAAUUGUUGUUACUCGAACGGCGAUUGAUUUUUUACAAGUCGCCGGUUCACCCUCUCUGCUCAACCAUCUUGACUUUAACGUCUCUAUUCCCAGAAAUGAUUGAGAAAGGCAUGGGCCAAUCAGCCUGUAUACGAUUAUCGCGACCAAUGUCACCGAUGCCUGAAUUUUCCGAUAGUGAUAACUCCCAAAGUUCUAGUCCUGUUAAAACUCAGAUUGAAAACAUUGACAAUACUAAUCAAAACAUAAUUAGCGAUGAAGUCAAAACGAAAGAAAUGAAAAUAUUGGAGCACAGAGAAAACGAAGAUAAGAAAGAAGUGAAAGGAAUCACGGAAGUCGGAAUUGAGAUAACUGAGUCAGCACAAGAUAAUGAGGAAAAUUUGAAUGGGAAGAAUAAUAGUUUGCAGAGGGAGCUCAGUUCGGACACGAUCGCCGACUCAGUACACAAUAAUAUGGCAUAUUUAGCACACCUUAGUACUUCUUCCUGUGGUUUUCCUUUGACCAUAUUCACCAAGGGUUUUAUGUGCCUCCCUUAUUUAUCACUGCCAUACUUAGAUUUACUGACUGAUAUUAACGUAAGGGGAUAUGUUGUAGGCGCCACGAAUAUUUUAUUUAAACAAAAAAGUCAACUGUAUGACGUUUUAGUAGAUAUAGAUGCAGGUAGAAUAGAGUGCCAGGACGUGGAAUUGAGAAAGCAGCUACAUUUGACCACAGAAGACUUACGGUUCGCGGAUUAUGUGGUCAAACAUGUCUCUGAAGAAAGACACGACGUGUUUUUGGACGGAGUGGGGUGGGAGGGCGGCGACGAGUGGAUCAGGACGCAAUUUCGAAUAUAUUUACUUUGCCUUAUGCGGACUUCACUCUUACAAGAUGGCAGUAAGGAAAUUGAACAUUUCAACACAAAUUUCGUCUCUUCUUGGAGAGAGACGCACAAUUACAAAAUAUGGUUGAGUGGGAUCAACCCAGGAAUCCUAGACGUAAAUCCCGGUCAUCCCUUUGCCGGGCAGCUUUCAGUGGCUGACAUGAAACUAAGACUGGCGCACACUAUGCAAAGUUCGGAUAGUGGCAGGAAGUUCAAUCAAGCGAUGGUUUCGACGGGGCGAGCCGUGGCGACGACGAGUAAAGCCGUGGGAGGGGCGAUUUCUCAAGCGAAGGGGGUGUUUUCGAACUGGUGGAGUAAUUUAUUAGUGAGCCCUGAACCUGUUCAAAAAGCUUUGGAAGCUUUUCCUGAUAAUACUAUGCAGAUAGAAGAUUCCACAAUUGAUCAAAACAUUCCAAAAAGUAUUAAUAAAAACUUAAGCAAUGGUAAUAUAGACAAAAGUAGUUUUAGUGAGGGAGGGUCUGAGUGUUCCUUGCCAAAUAAUAUCCACCAGCCUGGGGAAGUUCACACUGUUUAAAGAACACAAGCUGGUGGGUUUUAUUUAUUGAUGUUAUUGUUGUGAUCUUUUGUUAUGCUAAAUAAGACUACAAGCGAUUCCCGUAGGGCGACUCAAAACAUUCAAUAGUUUAUAUAAAUACAAAGUAUUUUUAAAAUAUUAUGCAAAUCGUGCAUUGUAGAAUCAAAAUAGAUGAACCGUUAUUGUAAGUACUUAAACUUUUCAUUUUCCUUUUUUUAUUUUUGUAUUUUUCAUUUUAUGAGAAAUUUUAUUUGGCUGUUACGUAAUGUUAAGUUAUACAUAAUAAAUAUUAUUACGAUUUUAA